AUGGCUGCACCAGGUCCUGCUUGUUUGUCAGUGACGGUCAGCAGCAGUAAACCUCAUGUUGAGGUGCAUGAGCACACUGAUGCUGUGUUGUCCUGUGAGUUCAGAACAGAGAAGGACCAAAACCCUCGGAUUGAGUGGAAGAAAAAAGGAAAGGGAGUGACAUUUGUGUACUUCAACAAUAAAUUUACAAGCUCUUACACAUCACGGGCUAAGAUCGAGGGCGCCACUCUCACCAUCCACUCUGUGACUCAGAAGGACUCAGGGGACUACCGCUGUGAGGUGACUGCCAGUGAGGACCAUGUUAACCUCGGGGAGGCUACAGUCAACCUCAAUGUUUUAGUGCCUCCUCAUAUCCCAUCCUGUGAAGUGCCAAGUCCAGUGUUUGUGGGCUCCAGCCUGGAGCUCCUCUGUAAAGACAAGCUGAGUGUGCCUCCUGCCACUUACCGUUGGUACAAGGACAACAAGGGCCUGACAGCUACACAGGACACACCUUACAACAUAGACCCCAGCAAAGGCACACUGAAGUUUAAGAGUGUCUCCAAACUUGACGCUGGGAUGUAUCGCUGCGAGUCCUCCAACAAUGCGGGGGCGCCUAAGAGCUGUGUGGCUCAACAACUCAAAAUUAUUGACUAUCCGCUGAACCUGACCAUCCUGAUCGCAGGGGCUGCCGGCCUCGUGGCGUUCCUCCUCUUCUGCUGUGUCUGUGUGUGCCUGUGUCGACGCAAAGGAUGCUGUGGAAAAAACAAGAAACCAAAAAGCCCAUCUCCGUACAGCCCCCCUCCUCCUCCCAGCCGUAACCUGAAGACGUACAAGCCAACUCAGUCUUUUAUGAUUUGAAAAACAACCACUGGAUGUCAGAUGAACACUUUGUGAGCGCCGCACUGAAACUAUGUCUCAUAAGAGUGGACUGCUGGAUUGGAAAGGAAGACUUUUAAACUGUAUUUUACAAUGUAUGAGUGCUUAUACUGUAUGUGUUGACUCUACUGCUUUGUUAAGUGUCUGUAUAUAUCUA